AACACGUUGAUAAGACGCAACUAGCGGCCAGUACAGGAAACAGAGCCUGGAACACGAGUAGUAGCACAUUCGAAGAACAUCGAGCUGGAGAUAGCAGUUUGGUGAAUAAAAUAUGCGAGUGACAUGUUGUACAUCACUUUUAAUGAUCAGCGGAAAACAUUCUUUCCCCAGCAAGAAGUCAACGGUUUUAUAAAUUUAAACGUAACUUCGGAGAUUCGGAUAUCAAGUAUUAUAAUUUGUCUUAGUGGAGUAGGAGUGCUGCAGAAUAAUGACAAAGACAACAAACAUGAAACCUAUUUCGACAAGGUUGCAUAUAUUUUCAACAGUGAAGGCAUGGAUGAUGUGAAAAAGCAUAUGAACGUGGGCAAACAUUCUUUCCCGUUUAAGUUUGUGUUGCCGCAGAAUAUACCGGCAUCAUUUGAAUCUCCGAACGGAUUUGUGCGCUAUAGCGUCACAGCAUAUAUGGAUAAAGGAGACUGUGGCCUUCAGUCUGCAGUGGCCUUUUUUACUGUCAAUGAUAUUUUGGAUCUCAACGAAAUCCCUAAAUGCCGGAAACCACGUACGUACUGGGCACAGCAAGAUGGUCGCCGCCUAUUCUGUUUCAAAUGUAGGUCAAUAUCGGCGGUGUUGAACAUCCCACGGAGAGGAUUUGUUUCCGGUGAAAAAAUCUUGAUCAAUGCAGAGAUCAACAAUUUGCGUAGCAAACCAAUCAGCUAUGUAAAAGCAACAUUGGUUCAGGUAAUCAAAUACAACCACAAAACAGGACACAGGAAGAUCAAAAGAAUUGUUGCAGAAGUGUUGAGAGGGUCAGUUAUGCCUUAUGAGUCACAGGUGUGGAAGGAGGAACCUCUUCACAUUCCUCCAGUGGCAGCUUCUAAACUUGUUCAUUGCUCCCUGAUGGAUAUACGGUACAUUCUGUAUCUACAAGUAUGUUCACCUAAGAUGGCAACGGGCAAGACGAUUAAACUUCUGAAAGUUCCUGUUAUCAUUGGUACUGUGCCUUUAAGGCAACAACAACAACAACAAGAACUAGAGGAAGAUAAAGGAGGACCUCUACUCUCUGGCACCAGCUUACCUGCCCCAAUCUCUGAGCCCUGUGUAUUUGGACCAUACAGUAUUACAGAUGUAUACGGCCAAGAUGGAGUUCAGAUAACGUUCACACCAUUAUAUGCAACAUAUUCUGUAAGAAGAGACAGAGUUUUGGAACUAGAUAAUUAAGAGAAAGGUGGUUUUCAGAAACAAGGAAUAAUAAGUUAUAUGUAAACUCCCAGCAGUCAUGUUUUAGAGUGAUGAUAUUUGCCUGCAACCAUUCGACUCA